AUGUUCAUUCGGCACAAAGUCAUUGAUAAGGCCGACGACGCCUCCGCCUCGGAUACCUAUUACACCUCCAUCAAUUCAUCAGUUUUCUUCCCUAUCGGAUACGGUUCUACUGUAUCGAUGCAUUCUCACGACGUUCCGGUUACUAACAUUGGUGGUAGAAGAAGACUGUCGACUAGCGGUACCAUACCCAAGCACCUAUACAGAAACGUGAGAGCUGGCCAAGUAAACAAACUUGUUGAGAUACAAGGAUUGGAAAUCUAUUGUAAAACCUUUCAUGGAUCUACGGAAGAUCUGUAUGCCAACAAUGGUGAAGACUCCAUGUCAAUGGUUGCUGCAAGCUUUCAAAAUGAUGAACAUGUUCACAUGUUUUCCCCAGUUGAUGUAUCUGCUUCUCUUUCGCCUAUGGAUGAUGAAAUUGUUUUGGAGUUUGACGAAAUAGAGAAGGUAUCGGAUAUAGAAGAUAUCUUAAGUUAUAGGUCUGCUGCAGAACAUGAGCUUCAAGAGUUCUUGGUGGAUUCAGCUUAUGUUUUUGGAAAUGGUGAGGCAAAUACUCCAAUCGACAAGUUAAUGGAUGAUGACCAAACAUCUGGCAAACCACAAGAAUGGUUGAAGUGGCUUUCCCGUUGUAUGUUGUGUGGUGGAGGCACAGAUGAUUCCAACCAGUUUUCUGGUGUUGUUUCAGAUGAAGUAAUUAAGGUAAGUGUGUUAACUAUUAAGUUAGGAAUAGGUUAUGCCUUAGCUAAAGAGUUUCUGAAAGUAGGUGAUAAUGUCUUAAUAUGCUCAAUAUCUAGGCGAGAUCGUCCUUUCUUGCCUCUCAGCAGCUAUGAGAAAAGCUUGCAUCUUGGCUCACGUGAAGUUAUAGUCAUGGAUAGGGGAAAGGAUGAAGAGUUAGAUGAUGUAACACUUUUUGCUCAACCAUUGUUGUUUCAUUUAAAUCAGAUGUAUGGUUCCACGAAAGAUGAGGGAGACAUUUUUCUAGGUAAAUUACAAAUUGCUUCCUUGCUUGCUCUGUUUGUAUCUGAUCACUUUGGAGGGAGUGACAGAAGUACAAUGGUUGAUAAGGCACGGAAGUCUGUAUCUGGAUCAAACUAUAACAAGCCUUUUGUCUGCACUUGUUCAAUUGGGAACAACAACAAUAUUAUGAAAUCCAUAAAACAAAAUGUAAACUCAGCAGAUGACACUGCUCUCCUAUGUGAAAAAUCUCUUCAGUUGAUAAAAGCAAGGAGAAAUUUCGUUGUUGCCCCUAUUAGAACUCUACAAUUUGGUGUUUGUAGACAAAGGUAUAUUCCUCUGAAUCGGAUCAAUGGUGAUGCACACUGUUCUUUUCCUUCUUUUUCUACUGUAUAUGAAGACAUCAAGGAAGGAGAUUCAAGCUCAACAACUCUUAUUGAAUGCAACAUGGGAUCAGUUGAGGCUGCUGCUAAGGUCUUGAAUGCAAAACAUUUUCCGGUUUAUGUUGCAGGUAGAGACGAUGGUUUAAAAUUCCCAACCUGCAAUGAAUUUGUGCUCAACUAUCCUAACAUAACCACUUUAGCACUAAAAGGAUUCAAACUUCAUGACUACAAGGCCCAUAUGCUGGUGAAGGGGCUACAGAAAUUGAAACAUAUUGACCUUUCAACAUCUUACUCAUUCAUGGGUUCCUCUUUAAAGAACCUUAGUGCGAAUGGUGGUGGAGAUAAUUUGGAGGUGAUGAUUUUAAGGGACUGCAUGCAUCUCAAGGAAAUUGAAGUGGAACACUUUAUGGCAGAUGUUCUUGCAGGAGAAUUCAAACACCUCAAACACCUUGUCACAAGAAUUAUCGGAGAAGAGGUUCAUUAG